CACCCCUACAGUUGGUGUGGAGCAGUUGUCGCCCACAGAUCUUGUUCGGCACGAGCUCGGGGAUACACACGUGCAGUGCACACACACCACACAGGACCUUGUACGUGAAAGAGCAAGUGAGGAAAGAAGAGAACAAGCCAGUGGAGUGCACACUUCUCCAGCCUUAAAUCAGCCUAGAUGGAGCUUUUUGAGACCAACCCGUACUUCUUCCCCGAGCAGCGCUUUUACGAAAGCGGUGAGAACUUCUUCCCUUCCAGGCUUACAGGGGGAUUUGAUCAAGGAGGAUACCAGGACCGGAGCUCCAUGGUGGGGCUGUGUGGGGAUGGAAGGCUGCUUUCUGGCACUGUAGGACUGGAAGACAAGCCAUCUCCAUCCUCCACACUCUCUCUGUCACUCUCGCCCAACCAGGAGCAAGAGCACUGCCCGGGUCAGUGCCUGCCGUGGGCCUGCAAGGUGUGCAAGCGCAAGUCCGUAAGCAUGGACCGGCGUCGGGCGGCCACGCUGCGUGAGAAGCGCAGGCUCAAGAAGGUGAAUGAGGCUUUCGAGGCACUCAAGCGCAGCACACUGACCAACCCCAACCAAAGGCUACCCAAGGUGGAGAUCCUCAGAAGUGCUAUCCAGUACAUUGAGCGGCUACAGGCACUUGUCAGUUCGCUCAAUCAGCAGGAGCACGAGCAGGCUGGCCUGCAUUACAGGGCCUCGGCUGCUCAGAGGGUGUCGUCCUCCAGUGAGCAGGGUUCAGGCAGCACAUGCUGUAGCAGCCCGGAGUGGAGCACCGCAUCAGACCACUGCACCCCAGCCUACGGCUCCACCCAUGAAGAUCUGCUGAACGAGGAUUCUUCGGAGCAAGCCAAUCUGAGAUCUUUGACAUCUAUCGUCGACAGCAUUACGGGCACAGAGGUAGCGCCGGUCGCUUACUCAGUGGACAUUACGAAGUGAACAAGAGAAGGGGUGAAGGAGUGUUGGAGGUGAUACCAUUCUAACAUCCAGUUCCAGAAAGCCUAUAAUUACAGCACUACCUGUUAUACCAAAAGCAUGAAAACCCAAACAAAUCCAAGAAAAGCCCCCUGGGUACAAUUUCCAAUCAUAUUUAGUGGUCCAUCACAAAUAUUUCCAGUUGUUCUGUUAUUUUUGGAAGAUGUUCAAGCUAGCUAGUCUAGACUGAUGUGUUGUCUUUUGGAACUUUCCUCAAUCAUUUUGUUUUUGCAUUCUUUUAUUUUUGCAUGUGUGUUAUGCCUACCAACAAAUAGUCAUUUAUGGGGCCAAUGUUUUAUGACUGUUUUGACCAAUACUUGCUUAAUUUAACUAGUUCCAUAAUGCCAUGUAAAUACGUUCCUAUUUUCUACUGAGUGGAUGUGCUAGUUUAUUUUAUAUAUAUUUUUUGUUUGGAAUAAUUUAUUUGGACUUUUUUAAUAAAGAUUGUUGUGUAUUUGUA